UCGUGAUUCAGGGGCCGGGCGUAACUUCAGAUGGGAGUUACAGACUCUCUCUCAAAUAGACCAGCUUGGUAAACAGAGGCGAGUCGGACCAGGGGGGGCCAGGCAGACAAGCCGGUACAAGAAAGCGGCCGGAGCUCAGUCACAUAACCAUCAUGCAGGGAACCAAGGGCAGCAUGAGGGUGACAGGAGAUUCUUCGGAGCUCGAGUGGGCAAUCCAGACCCUGGUGAAGAAUUACGACAAAUAUUCCGGCAAAGGAUGUUGUUGCCGUAGACGCCGAGGGAUCAGUAAAUGCGAUUUCAGAAAAAUGCUCAGCCACGAACUGAACCACAUGUUGACGGACACCAAGAACAGGCAGGCGGCCGACAAACUGAUCUGCGACCUGGAUGAGAAUCAAGACGGGGAGAUCAACUUCGACGAAUAUUGGAAUUUGAUUGGGGGCAUCGCCAGCCCCAUCUCCUGCCUGAUCCGACAGCAGGAAGAAAGCGAGAAAUUCAAAAAAUAAAGAUGGCCGCUGAAUCCAAGGGAUAUAAUCUACUGUAAUGACCCCUUUCGUCUCCGUUUUUAACCCUUCAAGUUCCCUGCAUUUUGGACCGGCUAAUCUUAAGAAUAUCCCAUCCGGGGCAGGGGAAAUUCGGGGUAGGGUAGGGGGGGUGUACUCAGAAAUUAAGGGAGCCGUCAAACUGUGAAUAACACUGCAAUAAAAGUUGGAGCCUCAAAACCCAGAA